AUGGGAGCAUCAUUGACUGAAUUAGGGUCCAAGCUUGCUGGACUAAUGUUCAUAUGGGGCACAAUUCAACAACUUUUCCCUCAAAUACUCUGCAAACGAAUCGAAUCCUUCUGGACUCGACUCGAAUAUUACUUCUAUCCUUAUGUUCAAAUUACGAUUAAUGAACUCACCAAUGGAAAAAGUAACGAAAUUUACAGACAUGUUGACAGUUAUUUGGGUACUAAGUCUGUCGACACUAGUGCUAAGUAUCUCAAAGCUGAAAAAUCCGAAAACAGCAAGUCUUUCGCUGUUAUCUUGGACGAAGGAGAAGAAAUCAUUGAUGAAUUCGAAGGCGCUAUAUUCUGCUGGCGCUCUCACAAUGAAACGUUCGAUGAUAAUUCUCAGGGGAGUAAAAAAACCCAGCCUACUGAAAAGAAAAGUUACACAAUUACAUUCAAUAAGCAACAUCGAGAGAUUGUCACGGGAAAAUACUUGAAACAUGUGAUUGAAGAAGGCAGGGCAAUUGAGUUCAAGAAUAAGAAACAGAGGAUUUAUUGUAACGACAGUAUGCCUACUUGGUGGUUGCGUUUAAACUCAAUGUGGAAGCACAUCAAUUUUGAGCACCCUGCAACUUUUGAUACUCUGGCUAUGGAUCCUAAGAAGAAAGCGGAAAUAAUCAACGAUCUCAUUGCUUUCAGCAAGGGGAAGGAUUAUUAUUCCAAAGUUGGAAAGGCGUGGAAGCGUGGUUAUCUUCUUUAUGGUCCACCAGGAACUGGAAAAUCAACUAUGAUUGCAGCAAUUUCAAAUUACUUGAACUAUGAUAUUUAUGAUCUUGAGCUAACCACUGUUAAGGAUAACUUAGAACUUAAGAAGUUGCUCAUGGAAACAACAAGCAAGUCUAUUAUUGUCAUUGAAGACAUUGAUUGUUCCGUUGAUCUCACUGGCAAGAGAAACAAGGCAAAAAAGAAUAAGAAGAAGGACGACUCAGAUUCCGACUCAGAUUCGGACUCUGAUUCCAACUCAGAUUCGGAUUCAGACUCUGAAGGCAAAAAAAAACUUACACUUUCAGGGUUGUUGAAUUUCAUUGAUGGCAUUUGGUCAGCUUGUGGUGAAGAGAGAAUUAUUAUAUUUACGACUAAUCAUGUUGACAAACUUGAUCCAGCUUUGAUACGUAGAGGACGAAUGGAUAUGCACAUUGAGAUGUCGUAUUGCAGAUACGAAGCAUUCAAAGUGUUGGCUAAGAAUUACUUGGGCAUUGAUACACAUCCUCUGUUUCAAGAGAUUGAACCUUUACUAGAGGAAGUAAACAUGAGUCCUUGUGAUGUCGCGGAGAGCUUGAUACGCAAGAAUACUUCUGGAGGGAUUGAGAUUUGCUUGAAUAACUUGAUUCUGGCUUUGAAAGAGGCCAAGGAAAAGGCAAUAGAAGAAGCCAGGGAGAAGGAAAAACAAGAUUCGGAACGAGUCAAGGAAGAAAAUCCCAAGAAAAAUAAAAAGUUGUCAACAAAAUUUUAUGGCCGUUUUAAAAAGCUUUUCAGAUGA